AUGUCUCGUCAGACCGGUCGUCGGUCAGUGCCUCCCGAUGCUGGGGAGGAUGAACGGUACUAUCUUCGUGACGGGUUUGACCCCGCGUCUUUGACCAUCACUCAGUUGAGAAAUGUCAUGGCAGUUCAUGAUGUAGACUUCCCUCCCUCUGGUGCUAAGAAAGCUACAUGGGUCGAACAUUUCAAGGUCCAUGUUCUACCACGAGCUGCUGAGUUUCUCAGCGAAUAUGAUAAUAUUAGUCCUCAUGGAGCUGGAAUUGUGGACGCGGCUCCACCUAAAAGAAGUGCCCGUUCGCGUUCUCCCGCGAAAAGAUCUCCCUCCAAAAGCGAAAGAAAGUCUGCUGUUGAACCUAUAGCUGAGAUUCCUGCUGCCACCGAGGUUCCUCCCGUUGCUGAACUUACUGCUCCAGUUGUGGCAGAGCCAGCAUCUCCUUCCAAAUCGCGUUCACGUACUACUCGUGCCAAAUCUCCUGCUAAAGGAACAGAAUCUACUUCUGCCUCUACAAAGAGUAAACCACCACCAUCUCCUUCCCGACGCUCAAGAAAAACUGAUUCAACUACGGCUCCUGCUACCGCAAUUGAAAUUGAGACUGUUAUUGAAAGCACCGUCACGUCUUCUGAACCAGUGCCAAAUAUUCUCGAGUCGGCAAUUUCACUAGCUCCUCCUGGAACUCUUGCGAGUGCCUUUGAAUCUACUACUGGUGAUGCCACCUCAACUGCAACCACUAAAAGUUCGACUUCAAAAGCGUCUAGCUCGCCUAAAAAGACACGCAAGACUCUCAAACAGCAGUAUGUCGACCCCUCUGAAUAUGAACUCAAUACCCAACCUAAAACUGAGAAAACAUUGAACCCAGUGUCGAUUACAGGUACAUCGCCCCGUAAAUCUAUCAAAGAGGAGCCUCUUGUUGGACAGGGAUCUUCUGACCGCAACGUCUUUCAAAAGCCUACCCCUCAAAAGGCGUCGGAAAGCCCAUUCUCAAAUAAGAAUAUCUUCCAAAAGGGGUCACCAUCUUCACCCAAGGCUCGUAAGAGGGCACACAAAGAAGUUGAAGAAUCUACAGAUUCUCCACAACCCAGUUCUGCCAAGAAGCGUGCCAAGGAUACAACACCAAAAAGAAGUGCGCCAAAAGACACGUUUUCGUCAAUUGUUCAAUUCGAUAAUGAUGUUACCAUGGCUGAUGAUACCAAAUCAGUGCCAUAUUUUACACCUCAUAUUCCUCAACAGCCACAAGAAGUGCAACCACAGCCAGAUCUUAAACAGCCCUCGGAAUUUCAACCUGUUCAAUACUCUCAGUAUGUGCAACCACUUCAACAAGAGCAACAACAGCCAAUUCCUGCUACUCCAGGAUCUGUGCGUAGAUUUACUUCGUUUCCCAAUACCCCUGAAGACGAUCAUUCAAACACACAAGCCACUCCAUCGCGAAGUCCUCCAAGAGCACCACCAGCCACCGCACCACAUAACUCUGUUCGCGACCAUAGUUUCCCACGUGCCAGUAGUUCGAAACGUCUCAGUUUUAUGCCUGAUGUGAAACACUUGCGAGUGUCUGAUGAAUUUUCUCGUCAGCUUCAACAAGAACAGCAAGAGAAAAAGGAGCCAGCAUUUGUUCUACCCGAACAGUUGAAUGACAAUCCAAAACAGGACCAGGAAAGCACUGAAGUGAAGAAUGAAGAAACAGAACAAGAAGCAGAGCCGGUUACUGACGGGCGUGUGGGUAUCGAGGUAAUUAAAAAGGGAGAAGUCGCUGCUGAAGAUCUUCAUGAAUCGGAUCUCGAAAAAUAUCAUGAACUUGAAAGGGAGAUCGAAGAAGAAGACAGGGCGCUGAAGAAGAAAUUACGCAAGCAGCAUAAAAAACGAUCCAAGUCCAAGGCUGAGUCUACAGACUAUGUUGAAUUGUUCUUUUCUGCUCUGGCCUACGUGUUCAGAGUGACGGCUACAUUGUCUCUUGUAUUUUAUGCCAGCUGGUGGUGUGUUGAACGAUUCAGAAUUGGUUACUGUGACGUUUUGACCUCUCCAGAGCCACGAACUAUCAGUAUUCCUUCGCAGUGGAUUGAAAAGGCAUCCCCUUAUGUGAGCGCUGAUUCUCUUUAUAAAUUUGAGAAUUACAUUAAUCAGGCUAUUGAGUACGGCACUCCAGAAUGUGUGCCUUGCCCCGAGCAUGCUGCGUGUUACCCCAACUUCCGAGUCGCUUGUGAAGAGGGAUAUGUCCCAGUUCAAAGUCUGAUUUCAUUAGGUGGUACCCUUCCAUUCCCACCUACCUGUGUUCCCGACAUGGCAAGAAGAAACAAAGUAGCAGCCUUGGCUAAACGUGCUGUCGAAAUUCUCCGUAAGCGCAAUGCCAAUGUCAAGUGUGGUAUUACCGAUGAAUCAACACCGGAAAUUUCUGAAGAUAAGCUACGACAAGAGCUUCUAAAACAAACUAUUGCUAGUCUGAGCGAAGAAGAAUUCAACGACUUAUGGCGCCAAGCUCUUAAAGACAUCGAAAACGAGAAGGAUAUUAUUGUAAGGCAGGAUAAACUCACCUUCGGUUACGCAGUACAGAGAGUUCAAAUCGCAUAG